GUUCUACAAGGCAUGUCUUGGUGCUAACCGGAAGCGGAAAUAGCGAGGGAGCGGUUAACAGCUGCUGGCCAACUGGAGUGGUUCGCCAGCAAAACAAUAAAAUUGUGCAGAGAUGGAGCUGUCUGAAAUAUUAUACAACAAGGCUGAAUACAUCGAGACGGCAUCAGGCAACAAAGUCAGCAGACAGUCGGUUCUUUGCGGCAGUCAAAACAUUGUUCUCAAUGGAAAAACCAUCGUGAUGAAUGACUGUAUCAUCAGAGGAGAUCUCGCUAAUGUCAGAGUCGGGCGCCACUGUGUUAUUAAGAGUCGCAGUGUGAUCAGACCUCCCUUCAAGAAAUUCAGCAAAGGCGUGGCUUUCUUCCCCUUGCAUAUUGGGGAUCAUGUGUUCAUCGAGGAGGACUGUGUUGUCAACGCGGCACAGAUAGGAUCAUACGUCCACAUUGGCAAGAACUGUGUGAUUGGUCGGCGCUGUGUCUUGAAGGACUGCUGUAAGAUACUGGAUAAUACUGUCCUUCCCCCAGAGACAGUGGUUCCUCCGUUUACAGUAUUCUCAGGCUGUCCAGGUUUGUUUUCAGGGGAGCUCCCUGAAUGUACGCAGGAACUGAUGAUUGACGUUACCAAGAGUUACUACCAGAAAUUCCUCCCUCUUAGCCAAAUCUAGGACUGAACUUCAGUUUUUGUCUCGCUCGCUUUCAUUCUGGGACCAAAGGACCAAUAUGGACUAAUAUUCCCCAGCCAUCUCUUUAGCUCUAAGUUACAGUUGUAAAUCUCAAACAACAAAGAAAUGCCACUAUUAGGUUUGUUCACAGUUGUAUUCACUUGCAGUAAAAGUCCCUCGCUAUGGUAACAUAGAAUAUGAAAUUCUAAAAUAUGCGAUUUGUAUGCAAAACACCAUGUCUCUCCUUGUUUUCAUGUCAGUAUUUUUAGAUUUCUGUUAAUGUAUCUCAUAUAAUGUCACUGUACACUGCAGUCCUGUCGGCGUGGCUGGAAAAAAAAUAUCAUGACAGUGAUUUACUGUUAGAAUGAAGGGCCUUUAUUUAUUAAACUUUGCCAUUUCUGCAACACUAAACAUUUUCUGUUUGUAAAGAUGGAUUACAGAUUACAGAUAAUAAAUGCUUUUUUUAAGUGUC